UUAGUUAGAUAGUCACUAAGUCUCGCGAAAUAGAGUGCGGCGGGGAAAUAGAAGUUGUAAAAAGCCCGGUCGCGUAGUGUUUAAAAUUGAAAAUUUGUCAUAAAGAUUCAUUAGUGCCAUAUAAAAUGAAAAAAUGACAUCGACCACUACAACAAUUAGAAAAUCUUAUGGAAAUAGACGUUUGUAUGCAUUUCCCGAAGAUUAUCCGUUUCGAUUUCAAAAACAAAAAAGUGUUGGUGUACCUAAAAAGAAUGAGGAUGUGGCCAAGUUAAUAAAAUAUAUUGAUGAUAAUAUAGUUGGGAAAAAUAAUGCCUUUUUGGGACCUUUCGGCAGACGAAAAGUGGUGUUUUGUGAUUACGCCGCUUCGGGGAGGUCGCUACAAUUUAUAGAAGAAUAUAUUUUAAGAGAGGUUCUUCCAACGUACGGAAAUACACCUUAUACCUCCAGCAUAUCGUCAUUACAAACGACAUUAUUUAGACAAGAAGCCAGGGACAUAAUUAGAAACGCUGUAAAUGCGUCCGAAGAAGACGCAGUCAUAUUUUCCGGCCACGGUUGUUCGGACGCUUUAGAAAAACUAAUUACGGCGUUAGAUUUGCGGGAAUCCCCCGUCGUGUUCACCGGAUCGACAGAACAUUACGAUAAUAUUCAUUUAUGGCAAAAAAUUGGAUCGAAGUUGGUGCGAAUAGGGGAAACGAAAGAAGGUUUACUAGAUUUGGCGGAAUUAGAAAAUCAACUGAAAUUCUAUCAGAAUUGCGGGAGGCAGAUGAUAGGAUGUUUUUCUUUGGCAUCGAGCGUAACAGGUCUCGUAGUGGACGAUAUCGCUUGUACAAUUCUUCUACAUCAAUACGGAGCUUUGUCCUUUUGGGAUUUCAACGUCGGCGCUCCUUGUUUACUCAUAGAUAUGAAUCCAAUUAUUCCGGGAGUCGAGGAAACUAACUCUUCUUCCGCUUUUAAAGACGCCGUAUACUUUUCGGGACAUAAGUUCGUUGGAGGAGUCCAAACUCCCGGUAUACUAGUUGCCAAAAAAUCGAUAUUUCGAAGGUUAAAUACUUGCGAACCUGAUGGUUUCUUCGUUUCGAAUGAUCAUGACAAGAAUUUCGAUCUGCAAGAAGACGGCAACUGCGCCGCGAUUGUUGAAUCGAUCCGCGCAGGUCUAGUGAUGCAAUUAAAAGACACCGUUUCCGUAGCCAAUAUCAUUCAAAGACAAGAUAAAAUUGUUAAACAAAUGCUGCAACAUAUUAGAACCAUCCCGGAAUUGAUUCUUCUAGGAAACAAUUCUCCCAAUAUAAAGAGAAUACCGAUUUUUUCUUUUAUGGUUCGACAUCCUAGAGGAAGUUUUCUUCAUCACAAUUUCGUUUGUGCGGUAUUGAAUGACGUUUUCGGUAUACAAGCUAGAGCGGGAUGUCCUUGUUCGGGACCUUACGCUCAAGAGUUGCUGGGAAUCGAUCAAAGUUUGGCGGAUCAGUAUGAGAGUAUCAUAUUGGAAGAUAGGUAAGUUUGGAGAUUUUUUAAUUGUCUUUUGAUGAGUUUUUUUUCAAUUUUGCAAUUUUUUUAUCGUUUUUGAAAAGAAAACUUUUAUGCAAAACCUUUUUUUUCGACCGCAACAAUCCGAACUAUCCUUUCCAUAAUAUAUAAUUUUUGUAUGACCCCUCGUAAAAUGGUUUCGUUGCGAUGUUGUCGGCUGGCGCUAACGCUUACGCUUUGGGUAGUUAGUUAAAUUAAUAGAGAUGGGAGAAAACUGGUAACGGUAACUGAGUGAAAAAGAAA